AUGUUUACGAACGCAUUUUGUAUUUUUCUUGUGUUAAUACCAAGUGGUUCAAAUUUUGCACAACCAAAAACUCUACCACAACGGAUACAUCGAAAGACUUACUCAAAGGAAGGUCAAGCAUCCCUUACUAACUGCGCAAACGAAAUAAAAGUAGCUGAACAGUACCCAAUACCUUUGAACUUUGAACUCGUAGUACUCCCAUUUUGGACAAACAACGACGAAUUUAAGGAAGACCCAGAUGUGUUGCAGAAAUAUAACUGGGCAUACAGAAUGGUCAAAGAAAUAGAGUCGAAUGGGAAAAAAAUUGAACAAUCCAUCAACAUUGAAAAGUUUGAAGACAAGAAAAGGGGGUCUUUGACGUUUCCAGCCUACAGUCUAACUCCAGGUCUUUAUAUGAUUUAUCCAAACGUUUCACGCAAAAGUCUAAAAGAUAAUCUAGAACCGUUCCUAAUUAAAGUAUGCUAUUUGCGCUAUACAGGUGUGGCUCCUAUUGCUGUCAUAACAGGUGGUACCUACAGACUAGUACCCAGUAAUACUGAGAUCGGUUUAAGCGGAUCUGAAUCCAUUGAUUUGAACCAACGUUCUAAAGAUAGUACUACAUUAAAGUACCAAUGGACUUGUUCGCAAAAACGCACGCCACCAACCUUCUGUAAAACAAGUCCUAUAUCUACACAAGAAAGUUUCACUAUACCCUCGAAAUUCAUUACAGCUGGUGAUAAAUUCGAGGUGGUACUUAACGUAAGAACUGUGUUUAACAAUUCUGCUGAAACACGUCAAGACAUUGAAAUAAUCUCAGAUGGAGUACUUCUAGAAAUGAGGUGUAAGAAAAAUUGUCCCCCUGUGUCCGAAUGGUCAAAUAUUAACAGUGUGACUUUCGUGUCAGUUGUUUGUUUGAAAAAUUGUGAUCAUGUUAAAGAAGACAGCUUUAUUUGGUCUAUUAGUACUAAACCGGAACAGGCCUCAUUUAAAUUUCAUUACAUAGAAGACACAGAAUUUGGAAAUCGAGGACAAAAGUUUAUUAUUAACAAAGAUGUAUUAAAACCGAUGGAGUAUUCAGUGAAAGUAAGUUUACAGGACGGAAAAAACCGAAAAGGAGAGGCCGUGAUGACGUUAACUUUUCAAUCACCGCCGGAAGUUACUGCCUGUAGAACAGUACCUGCAUCUGGUGACAGUCUUCAAACGUACUUUCUUAUAGAAUGUAACCAAAAACCCAGCCCGAUACUACAUUUUUAUGAGUUAUACUGUACACAAAAGGGCGAAGACUUUUCGGAAAGCCAAGUCUUAAUGGACGGUUUUUAUCCAGCAGUUUAUAAAAGACUAUUUUUACUACCAUCUUCAGACGGUCACACCUUUGUAGUUAAAAUCUCGAUAGAGAACGGUCCAUUCACGUUGGUCCCCAUUCAGCCAAACGUGAAAUUUUUAAAAAAAUCGUUCAAAGAGAUCAAGAAACUUUAUUUGAAUCAAAUUCCAAACUUGAUUGAUAAUACCCGUCCCCAGAAACGUGAAGAUGCAAUCCAAACUUUUCAAACUUUAAUAGAUGAGUUGCGUUUUAUGAAAAACGACGAAGAAAUAUUUCAAGGAUUUGUGGAAGAUUUUAAGUUUCAAGUUGUUGAAGAUUUGCUGAAACUACCGUUGGUAACAAGUAGAGAAGUUAUGAAAAUGGGGGAUGCUGUUGAAAAACUGAUGGCCUACAAGGACCAAAACAAGUCUGAACCCUUGCUAUUUAAAUAUAGUUCUGCAUUGUGUAAAAAAUUGGGUCAAAAGUAUGUAGAUGUGCUUCAAAAAGAACGGUUUCCUUUCAGUCAUGAAGAUAUAAAUAGCAAACUUGCUAGGUCUGUGUUGAAAUGUAUGGAAGCUAACACUAAUCCGAAAUUUGAAAUUCUGGAACCUUUUCCUUUUAACAUUACAACAGUGGUACCGUCUGUAACCGAGUCAGUACUCGUUGAAAAUUAUCCUGAUUAUCAGGAGUUUAGUGAUGAGUACUAUAAAAACAUAGAGAGCUUACAAGAGGCUACAAAUAAUGUUUUGGAAGGUGCUUCAGCAGCUGCCAAGGUUAUCUCACUGAGUACUGCCGUUGGUCAAAAACCGGUUCGCACUAAAGAAAAAAGUACCGAAAUACUGGUAGCUAAAGACAGAGGUGAUAAUUUAGCUACAACGAAACUACAAACAAAUGGAGUUGAUUUAAUACCUCCUCAAGAUCUAUCUGAAACGACACACCCUGUCGAAAUUUUUAUGUUAACGUGGACCAAAAAUCUGUUUUGGUGGACCCCUAACAGUACUAAACCGUCGACAAACAUAGUCAAUGUGGAAUUUUGGCUCCCCAAAGAGCGUCUCAGCAAAUUUAACAAAUCAGCAGAAAUUUUUCUAAAUGUUACUCGACGAAACGAUGGCAAAGCCGUCACAGAUGAAAUUCAUGUUCCAGAAGGCUACUCUGAAAUAUUUCAUCAAAAAUUAAGUCGCCAUAUUUACGUCCGUAGAGUAAAUCUUCCUUCCAGGUCCACUCUUUUAGUGAAAUUUUCUAACCUAUCAACCACCGCUUUAAACGUUGUUGUUACACUUUUUAAGUUUCCAACAAUCGAAGAUUUUGCUCCACCGGAAACCAUUGAUGAAACAAAACAAAAUCUUGUGUCAGCAACGAAUUUUCACAGUUAUGAUGUUUGGGGCUAUGUUGGUAUUUUACCCAAAAGAGAAAUCGUCAAAACAGAGUCUACAAAUUCUAUCAAAUUUGAAGCUAUUUUCUUUGCUUCAUUCUGUAUGCGUUGGAAACCAUACAAGAACGAAUGGCAACUUGCUUGUGAACCCGGAGGACAAACUAAUCUGACCUUGAUUCACUGUCUUUGCUCAGAAUUUUCUACCAUCGCUGGGUAUAACCAAAACAUCAAAUCCAUUCACCAAGAAGUAAAUCAAGAAGAAAUGGUUAUUCUUCUGCGUGCAACUCCAAUUGUCUUCAUAGUGCUUGGCGUAAUAGUAGCCCUAUAUUGUUUUUUGUUACCUCUCACUUUAUGCAAAAAGGAGAAAAAAGCUAUGUUAUAUUUUUUAGCCGACAACCUAGCCAAACAUAGAUAUGCUUAUCUAGUCUUGAUAGUAACGGAUAAAAUUGGUACCACUUCCCACGUUACCAUAAAAAUUAAUGGAACCAAAAAUUCAACUCCUGCACACGUCCUGAAUUAUCCCGAUCCCAAAAAGCGACUACUCCAAAAAAAAUGUAAAGACGUUUUUGUUAUCACGAGUAACAAUCAUUUAGGAAACAUCCAAAACAUCGAACUGUGGGUUGACUGUUUUGGUACAAAACCAUCAUGGUCUUGUAACAAGAUCGAAAUUUAUGAUUUACAGUGGAAACAAGCUUGGUAUUUUGGAAUUAAUCGGUUACUUUCGACGCAAAGUGGCAAUAUUUACCUCACUCUGUAUCCUACAAAGCGUGAACCAAAAAAUCCAGUCAAGACAGUACUUAAAAAAGUCUCAAUUUGGAAUAAUCUACACACUUGGUGUUUUUGGGCUCACGAGAUGAACUUUUCCUACGUGAAGCGGCUUACGGUCGUACUGUCCACGAUUUUGAUGACAUUUGCAAUGGUUCUUAUAAUCGAAGGAGUACCGGAGAUGGAAUUAAGGGACAUUUUCGAUUUGAAUGGUUUUACAUUUGGUCGGUAUGAUGUUUUUGCGGGAGUGUUAGGUUCAUUGGUGGCUUUUAUUACUCAUAUCUUGUUGGCCUGGAGUUUCCGGGUAUCGACGCUUCAGUUUUCAAAUGUUUCUAAUGAUAGUGAACUCCCCUACAGCGUAACCAAAGGAUGUUGGCGACUAUUAACCAUUUUAAUAAUCGCAUCAACAUGUUUUCUGAUCGUGGCAGGAUUUUGGUUACCAUACAAUCGUAGCUGGGUAUGGCUAACAGCUUGUGGUAUAGGUAUAAUUUUUGACAUCUUCGUGUACGAAAAUAUAGUCAUCAUGAUUUUCAGUUUUUUCCAAGAACAUGAAAAGAUUGAACAUUUCGGGAAACAUCUUGACACAGUCUUAGGAAUCAUCGAGAAACAAAGAAGAUUUCUACUUCAACACUUUGGAAAUACGUUGUUACGACCCCAGGUGGAACACCUGCACAAACCUUUAGAAAAUGCCCAGUUUAAGGAACGCAAAAUGAAAGACAACCUCCGAAAGAACUUUUCAGAAGAAAUCGUAGACUUGGUGAUGUUCACCGUCUACAUUUUGCUUCUGUAUAUUGUAAUUCUUGUAAAUAAAGAUAGUUCUGCAGUCUUCAGCAAAAAAGAAUUGGAAAAUAUGUUUAAUGGAAAACACACGAGGACUUUGGAUUUUACUUCAGUUAAAUCCACUGAUGGAAUGUAUCGAUACAUUAAUGAGACGUUAAUACCAGUACUACAACCUCAGUACUGGUACGAAGGAGUCCCCAUUUCAGAACCUGGAGUAAUGGUCGAUUUUGCCAACAAAUAUUUAGGGAUUGUACGAUUUCGGCAACAACGAGUAAAAAGCAACGCUUGUACCAUUAAUCAAUUGAUGAAGUUCUUGAACGUGACAAAGUGUUGGCCCGAACUCACUAUUUCGAACACGGAGACAAAACAUUUUGGCUACAAAUGGGGAAACUUUUCGAGUAUUUUAAUGCUAGAUAGAUUACGCUCAAUUUGGAACUACCUUGGAGAAACUGAGACCAAAACACUAACUUCGUUUGGUGAAUUCGGCUUGUAUUCCGGGGGAGGUUAUUUAUCAUAUUUGGGACGAAAUAUACGUAACUCUUUAGUCAACUUUCGCCAGCUCGUGCGAAGAAUAUGGGUCGAUGAAAGAACCAGAAGUUUCUUUAUAGAGUUUUUGACCUACAAUACCAACAACAAUGUGUUCAACGCAGUUAGAUUGCUAUUCGAGAAAAGUGCCACUGGCUAUGUAUCUAAUACUAUUCUGAUCUACCCCGCUCGGAUGAUCUUUAUCGAAAAUGAAAUCGAACAAAUGGCUAUGGUUUUCUUCGCUUUGUUUGUCUUGUGGGUUAUAAUUCUCUUCUUCAAACGUUCGGUCGGAGUGAUCAAAAAUAUCACCAGUUUCUACAAAAAUUUCUGGUUAAUGGUAGAUAUCAUAAUUAUAAUCACGAGUUUGAUCUGUAUUAUAGUAUACUUCGUUCGGUUGAAAUUGGUACGUUCCUACCUCGACACUUUAGAAAACGUCAAACACAACCAGUUCAUCCAUUAUUUUGCGCUGUUCUACAUUGAAGAAUUCCUAUCACUUGCUGCAGCUUUCUUAGUUCUAAUUUCUACAGCACGUCUUUGGAAAUUCCUCAGAUUCGGUCUCUUCUUCAGAAUCAUGGAAACCACUCUUUCCAGGGGUGCUUUUCCUCUACUAUCUCUAACCUUCGCCUUUUUCGUAAUCCUGAUGGCGUUUGGUUUGAGCGGUGUUCUAAUUUUCGGAGACGAAUUUCCAGAAUUAUCUUCAUUGAUCAAAAUUGUAGCAACUCUCAUCACUCUAUCGUUAAAACCAGACCAGUUUGAAAUAACCAAAUACACGGAAUUCACAAUUGCUUACUGCUAUUUUUCUUCGUACCUUCUUUUAAUGCAAGUAAUUAUUUUUGUCUACAUAAUAAUAAUAAUAAUGUCGUACAUAAAAGCCCGUUUUGACUUUUCCGGAGAAACUCCAACCUACAAUUUUUCUAACUUCUUCAAAGAAAAAACCCACUAUAUUCUUAAACUUUUUCGUCGCAAACGCGACCAUUUGAGCGGAGGUGAAGACAGGAAAAAAGUAAAUCCCAAAAGUAACGAAUUUCACUAUGCUAACUGUCUGUACACUGAGAGAAGUACUAUGCGAAUUAUGGCAAGUAUAACAAAAGGUGUCAUCAAACACAUGGAAAAAGAAGAUCGUAAUGAGGAUUUGAGUGCGGACGAUAUUCAACUAAUGUUGGAAGUGUGUCGAGGCAUCAUUUACGGAGUCCAUGAAGACGAUAAAAUUGAAAUUUUCUUUAAAGGGCAUUUUGUGGGGGAGAGGAUCCAAGUGAUUGAUGAAAACCGUAUUAUGAGAGUGGCGUAUGUUGUCGAAUUGUUGCUGCAAGACAAGAAACAGGUUUUAAAACCGAAGGAGACGAUUAAAAACAAUCAAGACACACUGAAAAGGUGCGAUUUCAUGCUGAAGCACAUUUAUGGUAAAAAACACAUGGUGGAAGCGGAGUGCACGGUUCCUUGUCGAGCUAACGGUCGCGCCAUCUGCAUCAGUCGGGAUAACGUGACGCUCGCACGUUUCUUUAGUAGAAUCAGCAUCGUGGUGGAAGAACAGCCACAACCAGGAGCCCCAAACUCCGCUCGUGCUACAACGCCCCCUAUGGAAAGAGACAACCGCGACUUGACAGACAUACACAUAUGGGAAACCGAACAAGUGGAAAAACGCUACUGGUUGGAUGUCACGGCUAUGAAUGAGCUGACAGCGUCACGUCGUCUAGACCGUUCCCCUGCAUUCUGUACAAAGUCUACAUCCCUUGUGCAGAUGGCGCAACAAAUCCCGCUAGCCCCACUAGGAACCGCGCCCUCCGCUUCUGUUACGUGUUUCGGUGUUAUUUAA